AUGUUCUACAAGUCUGCAGCCGUUUUGUUGUCUUUGAUGGCUUGUAGAGGAGCGCUUGCUGGCCCUGACGCUGUCCAUCCUCUGCAAGCACGCGCAAGCUGGUACAACACCUUUUGGACCGACACUGCGGCCAGUGUGAAAUACAGCAACCUUGCCGAAGGUGCGUACUCCGUCACUUGGAACGGCACUGGCAAUUUUGUAGGUGGCAAGGGUUGGAACCCUGGUUCGACUUCCAAAACCGUGAACUGGACAGGCUCCUUCGAACCCAAUGGCUACGCCUAUCUGACGGUGUAUGGCUGGACAACCAACCCUCUAAUCGAAUACUACAUAGUCGAGAAUUACCACCCCGACCAUGAGCCCGCCGCUCCCCCUGAAGGAGAGAUGGUCACCAAUCUGACCUCAGAUGGCAGUGUCUACUCUGUGCGGACGAAGAUGAGGGUCAACAAGCCAUCAAUUCAAGGGACCGCGACAUUCAGGCAAAUCUUCAGCGUGAGACAGGAUGUGAGAAGUGAAGGCAUGGUGACGGUUGGAAACCACUUCGCGGCGUGGAAGGGAGCGGGCUUGAAGACUGGAACUCAUAACUAUAUGGUCAUGGCCACGGAGGGAAACAAUAGUAGUGGAAAGGCAAACAUUGAGGUUCAUUGA